AUGACGGACUGGAGACAUGCUAAAAGAUCACAACUUAAGAUAAUAAUUCCAGUUUUAAUAACAUGUGGUAUGAUUUAUUUAUCAUGGGUUUAUUCAUAUUUUAUUUGUUGGAAUGAAAUUUAUAAACAUCAUUCUAAAUCAACAGGAAUUGGAUUAAUCAUUGGUAAUAUAUUAUUUAUAUUGUUGAUUUAUGGAAUAUGGUUUCAAAUAUUGAUUAUCGGACCUGGUAAACAACCAAAAGUUCCCUUAUUCAGAAUUUUACAAAAUGUUGAUGAAACUGGAUAUAAUUGUAUUGAACCACCUGAAUAUUUCAUGUGUAGUAAAGAUGGUUUCCCCAUUUGGUGUUCUGAAUGUCAAAGUAUUAAAAUAGAUAGAAGUCAUCAUUCAUCAGAUUUAGGAUAUUGUAUACCUAAGAUGGAUCAUUUUUGUACAUUUUUAGGUGCAGUUAUUGGUAAAGAGAAUUAUCAUUUAUUUAUACAAUUAUGUUGGUGGUGGUUAUGUUAUUUCAUAUUCAUUGGUAUUUCAAUGGCAUGUUUCACCAAACAGUAUAAAGAUAGAAAAGGCUCUGUUAAUGCCAAUAUAAUUAUUGUUUAUGUUGCCGUUAUUGGUUGGAUCUUGAUGAUAUUUGCCCUUUUCUCAAGUCAUAUUUAUUAUAUUUACGGUAAUAAGACUUCCAUUGAUGAUAUGAGACGUAAAAGGAACCGGAGAACAAAUACAUUAUACGAUGAAUAUGUUAGUUUGAAGCAUAAUGAUAAAAGGUAUAUCUUGAGAAUAAACCCAGAUAAUGAUAACAUUUAG